CCUUACUUACUUCCAAGGCAAACUAACCAAACCAUACACAAAUCUCAUCUCAAUUUUUUUCUUUUCUCCUCUGCCUCCAAAUUUUCAAACAAACAAAAAAAGGAAUUCAUUCAUUCCCCUUUAGAGCAUAGCUCUAAAUAUAUAUCCAUAUUUUUGUCACUCCAAAAUUAGAACUAUUCACAACUCACAAUGGCAACAAGAUUUACUCAAAAAAUGACAAUCAAUUAUAUUCUUCUAGCAUUAUUUAUCUUUGCAGAUAAUGUUAUGUUUGUUCAAGUUGCAUCAUUUGGAAUCAAUUAUGGACAAGUAGCUAACAAUUUGCCACCACCAAACAAAGUCCUUGAACUCCUCAGCACCUUAAAGAUAACAAAAACAAGAAUCUACGACACGAAUCCGCAAAUUCUUCAAUCUUUCUCAAACUCAAACGUCGAAAUCAUCGUAACGAUCGAAAACCAAAUACUAAACCAAUUAAGUGAUCCACAACAAGCUUUUGAAUGGGUAAGCAGCCAUAUAAAACCAUAUCUUCCAGAAACAAAGAUCACAGGAAUUCAAGUAGGAAAUGAAGUGUUCACAGAAAUAGACACAAGCCUUAUUCAAUAUCUUGUUCCAGCAGUGAUUAACAUUUACAAUGCUCUAGUUCAACUAGGCUUAGACACAAAAAUCCACGUGUCAACACCUAGUUCAUUAGAAGUACUUGAAGAAUCUUACCCUCCUUCAGCUGGUAGUUUCAGAAGUGAAAUAUCUGAGAUCAUGUAUCAAUUAUUAAGCUUCUUGUCAAAGACAAAAUCACCCUUUUGGAUCAAUGCUUAUCCUUAUUUUGCAUAUAAAAAUGACCCUGAUAAAAUUUCAUUAGACUAUGUAUUAUUUAAUCCUAAUGAAGGAAUGGUUGAUCCAAAUACAAUGUUACAUUAUGAUAACAUGCUUUAUGCAAUGGUAGAUGCAGUUACAUUUGCAAUAGCUAAAUUGGGUUUUAAAGGAAUAGAAGUAAGAGUUUCUGAGACUGGUUGGCCAUCAAAAGGUGACAGUGAUGAAAUUGGUGCUACAUUGGAGAAUGCUGAGAUUUAUAAUAGGAAUUUGUUGAAGAGACAAAUGGAUAAUGAAGGGACACCUUUGAGUCCUAGAAUGAGAUUGGAAGCAUAUUUGUUUGCAUUGUUUAAUGAAAAUAUGAAGAAUGGACCAAACUCAGAAAGGAAUUAUGGUUUAUUUGAGCCAGAUGAAAGUAUGACUUAUAAUGUUGGACUUUCUGCUUUUGCUAAGUCUUCAACUUCUUCUACUUCAAUUUCUCUUACCUCCUCUGCCACUAGGACAAAGGCUGCACGAAAGGAUUGUCAAAGCUUGUUCUACUGGAUGUUUGUGUAUUUGCUGAUUUCAUCAUUUUGUGACUUUAUUUGAGAAGACUAUUAUAAAACGAGUGAAUCAUGUGUACAUAUAUUUAUUUUUUUCUUUAAAAAAAAAAAGUGUUGGGAUUUUUAUAUCCUUCUAGUUGCAAAAAGGAGACACCUUAAAGUAUAUUAUCAAGAAUAUGAUAUUAUAUAUUAAAGGUAACCCUAUUUUGCAGAAAUCAAAGACUAAGACACUUUACAAUCAAUGGGGCAACAAAAUCAGAGGUACUACAAAGAGACAUAGCAAUUUAUUACUUUACACUACCAUUAGUCACAUUCCAGCAACAAGCAUGUGGCAAUGACGUUAUAUUGACCUUAUUUUAAGUAGAUAAGGACCAAAUGCCACCUCAUUCUUUUAUUAGAAAAAAGAUGUUGUACAAGAAUGUUACAAUUUAAAUUUAAAUAUAUUAAAUUGUCAAAAAGGGAGUGUAAUUUUGUAUAUUAAUAUUUUGGAUUUUGUAUAAUUAAUUUCAUUCAUCUAAUGAAGAAUAGUAAAAAUAAAUAAGUUGUUGGCUUUGGAUAAAGUAUGAGGCUAGUCUUGUUUACCUCAUAACUCAUAUUAUUGGAUACUAUGAAAAGUCCAACUUUAUGGGACGUGUAAUCCAUUAAUUAUUUUGUGUGUGUGUAUAUGAGUAUAUAUAUUACCUGAUAUUACUCUUCUUUCUCUC